UAUAAAUAGAGCUGCAUCAAUUCAUAUCAGACACACUGCGAAUUUAGUUUGAAUCCAACUACUUUAUUCACAACUGGAAAAAUGAAGCAAUUCAUAUUUUUGGCACUUUUCUCGAUAUUGGUGUUUGACCAGGUCACCAUUAAAGGUGCUGCUGGGCACACUUACGAGGAAUUAUGUAAGACGUUUAGUUCAAAAGCAUAUGACACCCUAUCAAAGGCAGGAAGAGGUCGAAAUGAAUGUUUCAAAGACUAUGAAGACUUUGAUUGGUACUCAGAACUUUUGGUUCUAUUCACAUUCGUCGAUACAAGUGCCACUAGUAUUCCUUAUAAUAUAGAUUUUCUUAACAAAACUAACAAAAAGAUAGAUUUAUACGCAGCUUUCAAUGGCGAAGACUAUAGAGGUGCUUUGAGUAAUCAAAGAAAAUUGAACGAUUUACUAACAAAUAUUGAAGAAAAUAUUUCAGUUAAAUUAAGAGCAUCACAAUCGCUCGGAGAAGAAACCAAAACAAUGUUUGACAAAUGGCUAAAAAAGAAAGUCACUCAAGACCAGUUGAAGGCGGUUGUCAAUACUAGAAUCAGCCAGAUGAGCAGGGACCAUAUCGAAAUGUCUAACGAUUUUAUAAGGCACAUGAAUCAAGUGGCUUGGCUAGCGCCAACUUUUGAACAGCAAACAGAAAAGAUGCGUCGAGACUUCGAAAAUUCUUUCGAUGAUUAUGUUCCACUGCAGGAAAACAUCUUGAAGCACCUUAACAAAGCUGCAGCUGUUUUUUCAACAUACGAAAGUGCACGUAGUGUGUGGGCCACAUUUUUAAUGAGCCCAUAAACGUCACUUACAAAUCGACAACAAAUUUUCCAUUUCAAUGGGCCUAAAUUAUUCAAAAACCAUUUAUUUCUUUAUUGAUUGGGUCAGAAUAAAAAAACUUAUAAUUUGAGUCUA